UGAAAAUUGAGUUAAGUCAGUCAUUUGUGUCCUACAUUUGAACCGUUCUAGAAUCAGCGUGAUGGCGCUGGUACUGCUUCUGAUCGUCGUUUGUUUGGCGCUGUUUUACAUUUACAGGUUCACCAACCAGCGGCCACCAAACUUCCCACCAGGUCCGCCUCGCCUGCCUGUGUGGGGAAGUUACUGGUUCGUGCUGCUGAACAAUUUCAAGUUCACUCACAUAGGCUUCCACAAACUGGCACAGAAAUACCGUACCAAGAUCAUGGGUCUGUACCUCGGACCCUUCCUUACAGUAGUCGUCAAUGACUACCAGAACAUCAAGCACGUGCUCACGCGACCGGAGUUCCAGGGAAGGGUCAAGGCUCCCGUCUUUGACAUGCGCACGUACAACAAGAACCUGGGAAUAAUUCUUACGGACGACGUGUUCUGGGAGGAGCAGAGACGCUUCGCUUUAAGGCACAUGCGAGAUUUUGGUUUCGGAAGGCGAUCUGCUCAACUAGAAGACAUCGGGAAGGAAGAGAUACAGGACUUGCUGGAUCUUCUUAAUGAGCGGCGCGAGAGCAAGGACAUUUUCUCAGACGGCCUUGCUCUGGUACCUGACAUCUUCCACGCCACAUUCUUCAAUGCGAUAUGGUUCAUUAUAACUGGACAGCGCUUUCCCACCAAGGAUCACGACAAACUACUACGCUUCACUCGACAAGCGUUACGCUUCCAGAAAAGUGUCGACGUCACAGGAAAUGCCCUUGCGCAGACGCCGUGGAUUAGACACCUCAUUCCCUACUACAGCGGGUUCACAGACGUCAUUCAGGCGACUCGGAACAUGCUCAAGUACAUGGAGGAAGCAGUGAUGGAGCAUAAGGCAACAUAUUCUGAAGACUACACGCGCGAUUUCAUAGAUAUCUUCCUCAAGGAGAUGAAGAGACGCGCUGAGACUGCAGAACACUCCUCCUUCUCAGAGGAGCAGCUGCAUGCAGUGGGCAUUGACUUCUUGUUCCCCGCUGCCACCACAGCGACAGCCACCCUCACAUUUGCAAUGGCCUUCUUAAUAAAUUACCCUGAGGCACAGACCAAGAUUUAUAGCACCAAAUGCAAUUUAAUAUCAAGCUUAAUGCACAGGUUACCAUAUAAUGAAGCCUUCCUACGAGAGGUGAUGCGUAAGGAGACAUUAGUUCCACUAUCGUUGCUGCAUAGAGCCACGGAGGACACAGAGCUUGGUGGCUACAACAUCCCCAAGGAUACAAUAAUGAUUGUGAACCUGUGGAGCUUCCAUAAUGAUCCUGAUUUUUGGGGUGAUCCUGAGGCAUUCCGCCCCGAGAGAUUUCUGGAUGAAAGGGGGCAGCUGCUUAAGAAGGACUACUCCUUGCCUUUUUCAGCAGGUAAGCGUCUGUGUGCUGGUGAGACAUUUGCCCGCCAAUUCAUCUUCCUGAUUCUGUCAGCACUGCUGCAGAACUUUACUGUGAAGGGUGCCCAAGGAAAACCGCUGCCCAGCACAGAUCCUGAUCUGCCAGGUAUUAUUGUCACAAAGAAGGAUAUGUGGAUUCGGUUUGAGCCCAGGUCUUAAAGUUUCAAUACACGAAUCUGUAAGAAAGACUUCCAGUGGAUAUGCAGAUGCCCCUCAGGAAGCAAUAUAAUGCGAGGACAAGGAACAUGACAUCUUGUCACACCAAUGUUUUGUGACACACAAAUUGGAAUAACCGCAAAUCUGUAACCCAUUAGAUCAAGGACGUCUUAUACAGAAUUGCUCCGAAGAGUUAAGAGAGAGAAGAUGUUAGUUUUGUGAACGUGUGCAGAAGAGGAGCUCAUGGACGUUGGUAGUGAUAAAAUAUGAUGUGGGAAUUUGUUCCCCUUUUCGUUUUGAUGUUCACAUUCUGAUAUAUUUUGUUGAAGGUUGAUUUCUCCGAGGUUGCUGUAUUUUUAUUUUAUUUAUAAUUUAAUUAUCUCAGUAUUUUACCACCAGAGUUUGUCACUGGAAAUCUCUACGUGCUGCUUAAAUUACUGAGUGAGAGAACAUUGUUUGCUGUGUAAGCAGAAUAGUAUUUGUUAUCUUUAAAACUUGAUUUUCUACCAAAUAAUAAAAUUCAACAUGUAACCUCCAAUAUUCAUAAUUUUUUCAGCAGAGCACACAUUUCUUUUUUAAUUUCGUAGGAUCCAAAAGCUACUUCUGUUUCUUUUUAAUAUUAUAUAACUGGUUAGUGCUUGGAAUAAUCUCUAGGUUAUU